GUCACUGACCAAAGCAGCUGAAAGAAAACAGGAUUAUCACUCUAAAACCGUGAACAAACACUUCUAUGAACGUUUUCCUACUUUAAACAGAUAGAAAGUUGAUGCCACCAUGUCCGUAACAUCCUCCACACUGAGCAAAAUAUUGCCUAAGAAAUAUAAGCAUAAGAAAGAAGCUAUUGCUGAAAUCCUCGCUGCCGUUUCUCAAAACAAGCACCUUGUGCCAGUCAUGGACAAAUUUGUUUUCAAUGAUGGCACCACCAAGAACCUACUAAGCCUGUCUGGAACCAUUUUGAUGUACUAUGGUGGCAAAGGAUAUAACAUUCCCGUGAGUUUGUGGCUUGAUGAGAGUUACCCUCGCACUGCCCCUAUCUGCUACGUGAAACCCACCUGUGAGAUGAUGCUCCUGCCGGGAAAGCAUGUCAACAGCAAUGGCCAGAUACUGCUGCCCUACCUUAAUGACUGGAGACAUACUGCAUGUGACCUGCACAGUCUGAUUCAGGUGAUAUCGCUCACGUUUGGGGAGAGUCUUCCAGUCUGCCUGCGUCCAACCAAAGAAGAGUCUCAAUCUAACUGUGCAGCAGCGCAGAGGCAUUCCAAUAUAUAUUCAACCCCAGAGGGAGACUCAUACAUGCUACUAAGACAAGAUGAUGGCCUUCCUAUCCAGAGGGAAAAUGAAACAUGUUGCUAGUUAGCUAUGGCCUAUUUCACAUCUUCAGUUUUGUGUGCACAUUCUAUUUUCUCAAUGUUUAAUUUACCUGCAGGUAAGCUGACAUUUUGAGAGGCUUGUAUAGUUUUAUUGUAUUGUUUUUUUAUUCCUUGGGUGGGGUCAUUGUGGAGGUGGAUAUGUUUUAUAACUCUUGGUUCUAUUAGUGCGAAUGAAACCUCCACAAGUGGAUCAUGUUUUUGUAAACUUAACUUCUCUAUCUAUCAGAUUUCUAUCUUAUUUCUAAAUUUGUAUUGUAUGUCCAAUUUAAUGUUUUAUACCUGAGAACUUUGGCAUUAAUAUGACAAGAAUGUGCCAUUCCUUUGCAUUUGUAUGCAAUAAUUCUUGGCAUAAUAAAGGUACGCCUGAAAGGUC